UUCGAAUAUUUUGCACGGGAAAUUGGUUCUAUGGAGCUACUUUGCGGCCAAUUUCUCGAACAGUAAGUUAGCAAGCUUGCUUUAUUGGAUGCUAGGACGCAAAUGCAGGAAGCACAAGAUCUCAAGCGCAUCUCCUACCUCGCCUUCUUAUUUGUUACACUCACUCUUACUUCUUCGUUCUUUGGCAUGAACGUCAAGGAGCUCAAUAGCGAUCCGACUGCAUUAUGGGUGUUUGUUGUCAGCGCGUUGGCAAUAUUGUUUGGGUCGAUGUUCGUUGUGUGGCUCUCCGGCUCGCCAAUGUUAUCAGUCACAUGGAAAGGCAUCGCGUCCUUCUUUGGAGGGAUCAAGGACGAAUUGAUUCCAGCAAAGCAGCAGACAUGGUAUCCUUUUCACGCUAAUUGGUUUGAACAUUUCGAAAGUUGCACUCAGAAUUCAUGAUGAAGAAGGGAGAAAGUUCGCAAGUUGUUUCAACUUCGACAGCACACCUCAAUCAUAGGCAGCUUUGGCUUCCAUUUUGAGCUACAAGAAACUUUAGAUUCUUGUUGAAGAAGGGAGAAAGCUCAUGGUGUUUUCAAGAAGAAAGAAGCAGCGCACAUGAAGCCCUGACUUCAUGUUCUCGGUAUCG